UUAAUACUUAAACAUAACCUCACUUUACAUGUUUGCAUUAUCAUAUUUCUUAUUUGUACGAAACAAUGAUUCACAGUCUGUUUAUUAUAAAUUCACAGGGAGAUGUAUUUCUUGAAAAGCAUUGGAGGAGUGUUAUACCCAGAUCAGUAUGUGAUUAUUAUUUAGAAGCCCAAAGAGCUAAUGGCAAUGAUAUCAAUCCUGUGAUAGCAACUCCACAUCAUUAUCUCAUAUCUAUCCAACGAGGGGGUGUAAGUUUUGUGGCCGUCUGUAUGGAAGAAAUACCACCCUUAUUUGUCAUUGAAUUCUUGCAUAGAGUUGUUGAUAUAUUCCAGGACUAUUUUUCUGAUUGUACAGAAACUAUAAUAAAAGAAAAUUAUGUGGUGGUGUAUGAGCUUUUAGAUGAAAUGUUAGAUAAUGGUUUUCCUCUUGCUACUGAAAGUAAUAUUUUGAAAGAAUUGAUCAAACCUCCAAACAUACUUAGGACAAUAGCUAAUACAGUAACUGGUAAAACCAAUGUUAGUGAUAUUUUGCCAACUGGACAACUUUCUAACAUUCCUUGGAGAAGGUCAGGUGUGAAAUAUGCUAACAAUGAGGCAUAUUUUGAUGUGAUUGAGGAAGUUGAUGCUAUCAUUGACAAAUCUGGAGCAACUGUCUUUGCUGAAAUUCAAGGAUAUGUGGAUUGCUGUAUCAAACUCAGUGGAAUGCCUGAUCUCACCCUGUCAUUUGUCAAUCCACGUUUAUUUGAUGAUGUUAGUUUUCAUCCUUGUGUUAGGUUUAAAAGAUGGGAGGCUGAAAGAUUGCUUUCUUUCAUCCCACCAGAUGGUAACUUUAGAUUGAUUUCUUAUCAUAUCAGUAGCCAAAGUGUGGUAGCAAUACCUGUUUAUGUUAGACACAAUCUGUCUAUCAAAACUGGAGAACAAGGUCGUUUAGAUUUGACUGUAGGACCAAAGCAGACAAUGGGAAGAACUGUUGAGGCUGUUAAAAUAGAGGUUCUCAUGCCAAAGUGUAUACUGAACUGUGUUCUUACUUCCAAUCAAGGAAAAUACAAUUUUGAUCCUGUUUCAAAAAUUUUACAUUGGGAUAUUGGGAAAAUAGAUGUCACCAAGCUGCCGAAUAUAAGAGGAUCAGUUUCAAUAGCAAGUGGGUCCAAUACAUCAGAAAUAAACCCUACUAUAAACGUUCAUUUCACAAUCAGUCAGUUGGCUGUUAGUGGUUUGAAAGUUAGUCGUUUGGAUAUGUAUGGAGAAAAAUAUAAGCCAUUCAAAGGAGUAAAGUAUAUCACAAAGGCUGGCAGGUUUCAAAUCAGAAUGUGAUUAAUUCAUACUCAUCUAAUUAUUAUAUCAUCAUUGAAUAUCAUAAGCUUAUUAUUUGAAUUGUAAAAAUAUUUAUCAACAAUCAUUUUUGUUAAAAAUUGCAUUCCUUAAAUAUUACAACUAAGAGAAAUAAUCUCAAUUAUUAUUUUUAUCGUUUUGUUAUAUCUGUAUUUAUGAUUUGUCAUUGUGUCAAUAAAAUAUUAUCAAAAAGCAA